AUGGAAGCCAGACACUGGGGUCCCAGGAGGCAGCCGCACCUGCCUGAGUACAUGACGCUCAUCCUCAUCGCUCUGCUCAGCUGCCUGCCAACCACGGGCGAGGCCAAGGUCUACAGCCGCUGUGAGCUGGCCAGAGUGUUGCACUCUUUGGGUCUGGAGGGAUACCGAGGAUACAGCCUGGCAGACUGGAUCUGCCUUGCUUACUAUGGAAGUGGCUUUAACACAGAUGCCGUGGAUCAUGAGGCAGAUGGCAGCACCAACAAUGGCAUCUUCCAGAUCAACAGCCGGAAGUGGUGCAAAAACUUAGAUGUGAAGUCUCCCAAUUUGUGCGGGAUGUACUGCACCGACUUGCUGAGGCCUCACCUCAGGGAUACCGUCAUCUGUGCCAUGAAGAUAGUCCAAGGGCCCCGAGGUUUGUCCGACUGGGAGGUCUGGAGGCAUCACUGCCAAGGCCAGGAGAACAUCAAUGCCUGGGUGGAUGGCUGUGAAGUGUAG